GCGUGCGCGCGCUGCGUAGAGGCUGCUUGUUGUUCCCGCAGAGAGGCGAGAAGAUGGCGGCCGUGUCAAGCGGAGGUGCUGCUGGGACUCCCGUGGCCGGGAUAGCGCACUCUGCCCGGCCGACCCACUCGGGCAUGGGGCCUCAAAACCGAGUCCAGGCACCUUCCGGGAUCAGCCACCCCGGUCGCCCAGGCGCGGCCACCGGGUGCAUCCCCAAUCCUGUCCAGACUUCGAACACCAGGCCCCCCCCUGCGCGAGUGGGCCACUACGAGAUUGAGCGGACCAUCGGCAAGGGAAAUUUCGCGGUCGUCAAACUGGCCACCCACAUCAUUACCAAAGCAAAGGUGGCUAUAAAAAUCGUGGACAAGACCCAGCUCGAUGAUGAAAACUUGAAAAAAAUCUUUAGGGAGGUUCAAAUCAUGAAGUUGCUGAAGCACCCGCACAUCAUCCGUCUGUACCAGGUGAUGGAGACAGAAAGAAUGAUCUAUUUGGUAACAGAAUAUGCUAGUGGUGGAGAGAUUUUUGACCACCUGGUGGCCCAUGGUCGUAUGGCAGAAAAGGACGCCAGGAAGAAAUUCAAACAAAUUGUGGCAGCAGUCCAUUUUUGUCACUGCCGUAACAUCGUCCACAGAGACUUGAAGGCCGAGAACUUGCUUUUGGACCACAAUCUCAACAUCAAAAUAGCCGACUUUGGUUUCAGUAACCUGUUUUCCCGAGGGCAGCUUUUAAAGACCUGGUGUGGCAGCCCUCCUUACGCUGCACCAGAACUAUUCGAAGGAAAAGAGUAUGACGGCCCGAAAGUAGAUAUAUGGAGCUUAGGUGUGGUCUUGUAUGUUUUGGUGUGUGGUGCCCUACCAUUUGACGGCAGCACUCUACAGAAUUUGCGAGCACGUGUUCUAAGUGGCAAGUUCCGUAUCCCCUUCUUUAUGUCUACAGAUUGUGAGUAUUUGAUCAGACAUAUGUUGGUACUGGAGCCCAGCAGACGUCUGACAAUGGAACAGAUCUGUAAGAACAAAUGGAUGAGACAAGGGGAUCCAGACACUGAUUUUGACAGGUUGAUAACAGAGUGUGAGCUGGUUAAGACUGAAAGAGAAACGGAGCUUAUCAAUGAGCAAAUCCUAAUAGCUAUGUCUGAGAUGGGCCUGGACCGAGAACGCACAAUACAGUCCCUACAAACCGAUGCAUAUGAUCACUACAGUGCCAUCUACAGUUUGCUAUCUGACCGUCUCAAGAAACACAAGACAUUGCGAGUUGCUCCACCUACAGCACGCUCCAUUAGCUAUCCCCUUAAUGCUGUACAGAUGGAUCCCCAGGGUAAUCCAGUUAGCAUAACUGUUCCUCAUGUCCAGCUUAUCAACCCGGAGAACCAAAUUGUUGAGCCGGAUAGCAAUAUGGCACUAGACAGUGAUGAAGGUGAAGAGCCAUCUCCUGAAGCCAUGGCUCGUUACCUCUCAAUGAGGCGGCACACUGUCGGUGUACCAGACCAAAGGACUGAAAUGCAAGAAGACCUCCAGAAACUGCCACCUGGUUUCCCGAGGGGAGCAGUACAGCAGGUCCACUUUCCUCCACUCACGCCUACAAUGGGGCAAAUGCAUACUCUCAUGCCAACACAGAGCCUACAGCCCACACAGCAGUUGGAAUACAAGGAGCAAUCACUGCUGCAACCACCCACUCUGCAGUUACUUAAUGGCAUGGGGCCCUUGGGUCGAAGAGCUUCCGAUGGUGGUGCCAAUAUCCAACUACAUGCUCAGCUCCUCAAAAGGCCCCGUGGGCCUUCGCCUCUUGUUGCCAGUCCACACCCUAUUCCUGCUGUUGCUCCAGUGGAUGAAGAGGGAUCAGAUGGAGAACCAGACCAAGAAGCCGUACAACGGUACCUGGCGAACCGCUGCAAGCGGCACACGACGCACGCACUCAUGAGCACAUCGCAUGGCGAUCCCUCGGCAGAGCCCCAGCGGUCACAGGGCGCCCGCCAGAGGGUGGCCUGGGCCCCUGAAACGCACACCCGGUCGAGCUAUAAAGACUGUAACACACUUCAUCUUCCUAUGGAACGCUUUUCACCUGUCAGAAGAUUCUCUGACGGCGCCGCUACCAUUCAAGCCUUCAAAACGCAUCUAGAGAACAGUAGCCUCAUUAAGCAACUGAAGCAGGAGUGUGAGCAGUUGCAGAAAAUGUAUGCAGCCCAGCAGGAUGAGCGGUUCUUGGAGCACACCCAGCAACAGCAUAUCCUUUACCAGCAAGAGCAACAAAUCAUCCACCAGCAAAUCCAGGGUUUGUCUUUAGGCCAUGGAGAGAGUCAUCCAAGUCACCUAACCCACCAGCUCCAGAGGUUGCGUAUCCAGCCAUCCAGUCCUCCGCCAACACAUCCGAGCAACCACCUCUUCAGACAGCCAAAUCAAAGUUCUCCGCCUGGCUCUGCAGGCAUAAUGCAAGGGCACGGUCCAGCCUCAGUACCGUAUCAACAUGGUUCUCCUUCACUGUACCAGGGCCAGAGUGGUAGCCCACCUCCCACAGCCCUUCCAAGAGUGUCUAUACCAGCCAAUCAACAGUCAACAUCUGUCCACCCUUCGGGCCCAUUGGCCCAGGGUGUACCUCAACAGCAGCAAGUGACUAUUCAGGUACAGGAAGUUGAAUUAGGAGGUGGGCCACAGAGACAAGGAAACUUUUUGUCAACACCAUGUGGACACAGAGUUCUCGGGAAGCAGCUGAGUGCAGACAACGCAGAAUCACACAGUCGUAGCCUCGGACGUUUCACGUCAGCCUAUGACCAGGCUCAGUUCAAUCCCCACCUUUUUUCUGGUGAUGCAGCCACACGGGGUACCGCUGGAGUGCUGGGUUCCUAUAGCCCUUACUUGCAGGGGGCCUCGCUCAACGUACCCAGCCUAGAAGGUUACCAGAGUGGGGCUUUGGGGACCGGGACAUACGGCACCCCAUCAGCACUACAGCAAGCGUUACUCUCUCCAACUCCACUGGACUACCGUCCCCCGCAACAGCAUGUAACACCCACUCUACAGGGGCUCCUGUCUCCGCGGCACUCUUUAACAGGCCACACAGAUCCUCGGUUACCGCCACAGGACCUAGCUGCGUUGCUGAAGAGGCAGAGUCCCCGCUCAUGCCCUGCUCCACCAACGCCACCCAGUAGUACUACACCGGAAUAUGGAGAGAUGUUACUUCUGCGUCAGCUGAGCCAGGGUGAGAGUUUGGAACCUCAGCCGCCCCAAGGCCCUUCGGCAGGCAAACACUACCACCACCUUCUCCAGAUCCGACCGCCAGAAGUUCAGCCACAGCACCCUGCCCAAUCACCAUGUCCCAGCUUGCCCCACUCAGAGAGCAUGGAGGAAGAUGAGGUACCAUCUGGCUACCACCACACGCAUGAGGGCCUGCUGGCUAAAGCUGGAGAAGGUCAUGAACUCCUUGGUCCUCCAAGAGGCAACACCCCUCCCUACAACUCCCCUACACACAGACGUGGCUACAUUAGUCUGAGUCCUCCAGCAGCUAGAGAAUCUGAACAUGUAGAGUGCAGACAGACGGGCCAAUCCAUGGAGGUGCCUGAUCAUAAUGGCUUGGGAUAUUCACGAGGUCAGCAGGGGGAAGCUUAUAGGUCCCGAGGACAGCUUCAGCGCCACCACACCAUUCAGACCUGUGAUGAUGCAUAUGACCAGACAGAGUCUAUGUCCGGGAUGAGCCUGUUGGCUGGGAAGGCGUUAAGUUCAGCUCGUAUGUCAGACAUUCUUAGCCAGACGUCACUGUCAGGAAGUCAGCAACUGCACCAGCGGGAAGAAUCAGCAUGUGACGUUGAAGGUGAGCUCCAUGCGACGACCUGCUAUCCCUCUUCCUGCACCACUGAUAUGCUUCUCAGCUAUAAGCCUCCUGACCUGCAGUACAGCAUGGAGCAGGCUGGUGUUUAGCAAUGGAUGUGGUGUAUCCUAUGUACAGAGGUCAAAUUCAAGCAUCCUGACUUGUUGACUUGAGUUGCGCUGCAUCAUGCCAAACCAACAUCAUCCAUCUAUCCAUUGUUCACCAUCUGUUUGUAGGGGGAGGGAUGGUGUUCUGCUAGAGUGUGGGUGCUGAAAAAAAAAAACAUAAAAGUUUGGGCAUUCAGGGUUAAAAAGGUCAAAGUGCCACCAUCUCCUGCACAAAACAUCUAUCAUCUGUUACCAGUGGAUUCUUCUUUAUCAAGACUGUCCCACUCCUCACCAAUAUCCCGUCACCCACGCACACAUUGUUUUGGGCCGGCUGUGAGACGGACACACUGCUGCAACAGAUCCAAAGUAUUCGCAUUGUGUGUGUGAGAUCAUUUAUGUGCACGCUUGCGCAUUGAGGGGCGUGGAAAAGAAAGGCUUCUUGAAGCUGCACACAGCCCCCCACACACUUUUCCCCUCCUACUUGCAGACUGCAGAGCUUUUCAGACUGGACGAGAAUCUCUGCAUUAGUGUUUUUGGAGUCUGUCUCCUCUGCUCCCUCCAAAGACUCAGCUCAGUGUCAUUACACAGAGUUACAAACCAGCUCAUUUCUUAUGUUGCUCCCGCCGUCAACCCGCCCCUUUCUUUAUUAUUCUUUUUAUUUUAAUUUUUAAAUAUAUUUUAUUGUCAAAUCGUAAUGUUCCAUGUUAGACAUAAUGUUCAAUAUCGUUACUGUUGUUACCACGGUUUCCAGUAAAAUGUUAUCAAGGUGACAUUAUUAUAGGAAAACAGUUAUGUGUUGUUAGGGGGACAACAGUUAAGAGAAAAAACUGAAUUCUGCACUUUGGACUCACCCCACCUUAUUCCUUAUUCCUCUCUUUCAUGAUGUCGUACUACUUUUUGGAUCCCUUCAAACACCACUCCAUCCUUAUUUUUCCCCACCUGGUGUUACCAUAUCUCCCAACCUUCUCUCAUGUCUGUGACAUUGUAUUGCAUUGUGCGUAGUUUUACCAGAUUUUUGCUCCUUUCCUUGUACAGCGAUACCAUGUAUAGACCGCUUUUGCUAUUUCUGCAGUUUUUUUGUCUUUUUUCGUUGUUGUUAGAGAGGCUUUUUUAAUGUCAUUUUUAUUUUUCAAUGUUUUCAAAAUGUUGAGUUUUUGCUUUAUGAACCUUGAAAUUUCCUGCCAAAAGAGGACAGAGAAGAGAGACAGUGCUCUUUCUAUGUCUUAAAGCGAUUGUUCGUAUUUGUUUUAAUAUUAUAUCGAGACACUUGAAUAAGAAGAGAGUAAUAAUUUUUGUUGCUUUAUAAAGUAUUUCAUUUGUUUGUCAUUUG